GCGAUUUCCUCAGAAUAGCCAUGACAGGAACUCUUGCUAUGGAAUCUGAACAGGCCAAAUACCUUGACUCAGCCAAAGAGGUGGUGAAACGCGAGGCAUUCAACAUGCAGCGUUGCUUGGACAAGGGCCAGCUCAUGGACGGACUGCGACAUGCCACAGAAAUGUUGAACGAACUGAGGACGUCUAUCCUGAUGCCAAAGAGUUACUAUGAACUGUACAUGAUGGUAACCAUGGAGCUGACCCAUCUCACUAUGUAUAUGUCAGCAGAGUUUAUCAAGGAGAAUAAGAUAGCUGAUCUGUAUGAACUUGUUCAGCAUGCAGGGAAUAUCAUCCCCCGUUUGUAUUUGCUGAUAACUGUGGGAGUUGUGUACAUCAGGAGUAAGGAAUGUUCCCGCAAGGAUAUACUCCAGGAUCUAGUGGAGAUGUGUCGAGGUGUUCAGCACCCACUUAGGGGACUCUUCCUCCGAAACUUCCUGCUAACUUCCACCAGGGAUGUCCUUCCAGAUGUUGAUGAGACAUCGGAAGAUACUGGCACAGUCGAUGACAGCAUCGAUUUCAUUCUUUUAAAUUUCUCUGAGAUGAAUAAACUAUGGGUUCGAAUGCAGCACCAGGGACAUUCUCGGGACAGAACUAAGCGUGAACAGGAGAGGUUGGAGUUGAAGAUCCUUGUAGGAACGAACUUGGAACGGCUAAGCAGACUCGAGGGCGUGACUGUUAGCAAGUAUCAAAAUCAUGUGCUACCUGCUAUACUGAAACAACUCAUCAACUGCAAAGACAGCAUCGCUCAAGAGUACCUCAUGGAUUGCAUUAUCCAGGUAUUUCCUGACGAAUUUCACUUGAAAACCUUGGACAUAUUCUUGGAUACUUGCUGUCAACCUCAGGGCGCUGUCAAUGUGAGAAAUAUUUUGAUCAGCAAGAUUGGUCGUCUUUCAAACUACGCUCAGGCAGAUCCUAACAAUAUCCCAGAAGAUAUCAAAUUGUUCGAGAUAUUCAGUGGUAAAGUGACCCAAAUCAUACAGAGCCGCACUGAAAUGCCUCCAGAGGACAUCCUAGCGCUGCAAUCAGCAUUGAUAAAACUAGCCCUCAACGUGUAUCCGACCGAGACAGGAUACGUCGACCAAGUCCUUCAAAACUCUUUCAACAUUUUCGAGGAAGACAAAUCACGAGCUAAAGGGUGCUCGACUGAGCUGAGUCGCAUGCUGAGAGUGCCAGUGGACCACUACCAGGACAUUCUAACAAUCCUUCAGCUGGAACAUUUCACCCCUCUCUUCAGCUUCCUGGACCAUCGUGUCAGAAAGGAGUUGUGCGUUUAUAUUACGGAACACGUCAUCCAGACUGACACUCACAUCGACUCCCAUGACCAGGUUGACCUAUUCCUGACGAUGAUGUCCUGUUUGAUCUCCGACCAAGAUGACCAGCCAAAAGAACCCGAGGAUCCAGAGGACUUUGAGAUUCAACAGAGUCUUGUUGGACGAGUUGUUCACCAGAUGGCGUCCCAAGUACCAGACCAACAGUUUCUCAUCCUGAACAUGUGCAAGAAACACCUGCUGCUCGGAGGAGACAAGAGAAUACAGUACACCCUGCCCUCCCUCGUCUUCAGAGCCAUGGAGUUGUGUCGGGUCUACUUUGAGCUUAAGGAAGAGGACGAGAAGUGGGAGAAGAAGGUUUGCAAGAUACUGCAGUACAUAAACUCAUUACUGUCCGCGCUGGUCAAGGCAGAGUACUGGGACUUAGCACUCAGACUGUUCCUACAAGCGUCUCUUAUAUGCGAUCUGAUGGGUAUAUCAACUGCAGAGACGAUAGCGUACGAGUUUGUUUCGCGAGCGUUCGCGAUCUACGAAGAAGAAGUAAGCGACAGUAAAGCCCAACUUGUGGCUAUAUCCCUCAUCAUUGCUACAUUUGAACGGACGAUUAAUUUCAGUGAAGAAAAUCACGAGCCCCUCAGAAGCCAGUGUUUAAGAGCAAGCAGCAAACUCCUGAAGAAACCAGAUCAGUGCCGCGCAGUUAGUUUAUGCGCGCACAUCUAUUGGUCAGGUAAAAAUAGAGAGAACGAAGGGAGUCCGAUGAACGAAACAAAACGUGUUUUAGAUAGUAUGAAGAAGGCUGUACGUAUCAGUAAUCAAUGUAUGGAACCAUCCGUCCAGGUACAGCUGUUCGUGGAAUUACUCAACAAAUACAUCUACUUCUUGGACAAUGGCUGUGCAGAUGUGACGCAAGCAAUGAUAUCCCAGUUAGUGGGUAAAAUCCGGGAUGACAUGCCUGGGCUGGAGGCCGGAGAAGCUACCAAUCAGAUCGUUCAGCAUUUCAACAGCACACUCGCUUACAUCAAAUCAAAGCACGGCAUGGACUUUCCUGCGUCGUAGUUUUAAAGUUAAGGGACUUAAUUUCUGGACGUUUAUUUUACGGACGGAAGAAGUACUGGACGCUUGAUUAUGCGAGUACGGUGUGGACACAGGACUUUGUGGAAUGUGGAUCAGUUAAAAGUGAUGACUUCAGUUUGUUUUGUGUUUGACUACUUAAUUUUUGUUGUUGAUAUUUACUGUAUUUUUGUGAAAAAAAAGAGAAGUUUUUACGUAGCUCAAAGUUUGGCAGUAGUGUUGAAGACUGUAUUUUGAAUAAAUAAAGAUUUCAAUUGGUUAAAUUAUUUUUAAUUCUGUUACUUUUCAUCUUUAAAACGCAUGAGAUCUGCUUACAAUUACAUAACCAUUAAUCGUAUGAUUGUCGCUGACAUUUGAAAUAGAAACUUGAGAAAGCAACAUAGACAUUA